AUGAACCCCCCGACGUAUGAGGAGGCGCACUUGAAGAGGAGGUUGAAGGGGAGACAUUUACAAAUGAUCGCUAUCGGAGGCUCCAUCGGAACGGGUCUCUUCGUGGGUAGUGGAAGUGCGUUGGCGAACGGUGGACCCGCAGCAUUGUUGAUCGAUUUCUCCUUGAUCGGACUCAUGCUUUUCUGCACGGUUCAUGCCUUGGGUGAACUCGCCGUCCUUUUCCCAAUUCCGGGAUCAUUCUCGAUUUAUAGUUCGAGGUUCUUGGAUCCUGCGUGGGGUUUCUCGAUGGGGUGGAAUUAUGCGAUGCAGUGGCUCGUUGUCUUGCCGCUCGAACUCACUGCGGCGGCUAUCACCCUCGAGUUCUGGAAAGGGUCGGCGAAUGUGAAUGUCGCGGUUUGGAUCACGAUCUUCUUGAUUCUCAUUAUCGUUAUUAACCUCUUUGGUGUACGAGGAUAUGGUGAGGCCGAGUUUGUCUUUUCCGCGAUCAAGGUCGUGGCUGUGAUCGGGUUCAUCAUCCUCGGUGUCAUUCUCAACUGUGGUGGUGGUCCUCGUGGUGGGUACGUCGGUGGCAGAUACUGGCGUGAUCCCGGAGCGUUCUCCAACGGAUUCAAGGGUGUCUGCUCCGUCUUCGUUACCGCCGCUUUCUCCUUUGCGGGAACCGAGCUCGUCGGUCUCGCUGCUGCCGAGACCGAGAACCCGCGCAAGACGCUCCCGAGGGCCGUUAAGCAGGUUUUCUGGCGUAUUACCUUGUUCUACAUCAUCUCCCUCCUCCUCGUCGGUAUGUUGGUUCCGUACAACAACGAGAACCUCCUUGGCGCUUCUGGAGCGAAUGCUUCGCCUUUCGUUAUCGCCAUCACUAACGCUGGAAUUAAUGGAUUGGAUUCGGUGAUGAACGUCGUUAUCAUGAUCUCCGUUCUUUCCGUCGGUAACUCCUCGGUCUACGGAUCCUCCCGUACUCUCGCCGCGUUGGCCGAUAAUGGUCUUGCGCCAAAGAUCUUCUCGUACGUCGAUCGUGAGGGAAGGCCGUUGGCUGGUGUUCUUGUUUCGCUUAUUCUUGGGUGUUUGGCGUACAUCAACUGUUCCGCGAGUGGAACCGUCGUCUUCAACUGGCUCGUCGCACUCUCCGGUUUGUCCAACUUCUUCACCUGGGGCUCGAUUUGUGCAGCGCACAUCAUGUUCCGCAGGGCCUGGAAAGUCCAAGGCUACACCGUCGACCAAAUUCCCUUCCGUGCCGCUCUCGGCACAUGGGGAUCCUGGCUCGGACUUAUCAUGAACAUCCUCUGUCUCAUCGCGCAGUUCUACGUUGCGCUCUUCCCUAUCGGUGGAUCACCUGAUGCCGAGUCCUUCUUUAUGAGUUACCUUGCGUUCCCGAUUAUUAUCGUUACGUAUUUGGGAUGGAAGAUCUAUAAGAGGCCGGCGUUUAUGACGCCGAGGACGAUUGAUUUGGUUACGGGACGGAGGGAUAUGGAUUUGGAUGCGAUCAGGAGGGAGGAGGAGUUAUUGAAUAUGAAUAGGAGUAAGUUGAAGCGGGCGUACUAUUGGUGUUGCUAA